AACAGUUAAACUACUCAAACACAAAUGAAUGUUUUCUUCACCCGAGAAGCAAUAAUUUAGCUGAAAGUAGUCCAUUCUUAUUAGUAUUGUUAGGUGUUUGUUUCUUUAUACAGUGCAUGAUGGUUGAGUAUUGAUGUUCAUGUAAAAUGGUAGUGGAGGUGGAAAGCUUUUUUGGGGUGUACAUGCUGUAUUGCACAAACCCCAAAUUCAAGGGUCGCAUCUACAUUGGGUUUACUGUAAACCCAGAGCGACGAAUAGGACAACAUAAUGCUGGGAGGCACCGUGGAGGAGCAAAGAAGACCAGCGGAAGGGGACCAUGGGAGAUGGUUCUCAUCAUACACGGCUUCCCAUCGGACAUAGCAGCGUUAAGGUUUGAGUGGGCAUGGCAACACCCCCACUUCUCUCGCCGCCUCUCCCAUGUUUCUCGGCGGUCCAGGAAGGAGUCCAGCCUGCAGUUCCACUGGCGUGUUGUCUCCAACAUGCUCCGGGUGGCCCCGUGGUGCCGCCUUCCCCUGACCGCCCGCUGGCUCAAACAGGAGUACAGGAUGGACUUCGAACCGGGCCUCCAGCCACCCCUACACAUCCCAGUGGCCUUCGGUAGUGUGCGGGCUAAGAAAAGCCAACAGCAGCAAGCCCAUCAACCUGCGGAGGAGGAGGCAGGAAGAUGCCUGCUGUGUCGAAGCUGUGUCAAGUCUGCAGAUAAGCUGAGCUGCUUCAACCCGACGUGUCGGACAACUUAUCACCUGAUUUGUCUCGCCAAGCAUUUCCUGAAGUCGGAGCCCACUCACAUGCUUCCUGUUGAAGGGGAAUGUCCAGGUUGCCAUCAUUCCAUACUAUGGGGAAACUUGAUUCGGCACAAGAUUGGUUGCUAUGGAGACCUAGAGGAGAUCCCUUUAUCCUCAUCCCAGAGCCACUGGGCAGAUGGACUGCAGGUCUGCAAUGAGCUGAACCCAGUUCCUUUGCACUGAUAGAGGCACUCAGAAGUUAAGUAUCAUAGGGCUGCCUUUUUAAUGUAUUUAAUGAUGGGUAAUGUCAAUUUCCAAAAUACUGUUUAUGCAUUAUUUUUUUUACAUCAACUCUCAUUCUCAUAUUUCUCAUUCAGUAAACUGAAUGUUUCAGGUCUGCUUCUAAUAAAUGUGUGAAUUAUAUGUACUGUGUUAAAUAAUGUAUUUCCUCUAUUUAUGUGUAAAACAAAUCAAUAUUUCCCUUUAAACUUUGAAUUAUAUUGCAUUGAAAGACUUAAAACUGUUCAAAUGAAAAUGACUACAAACAUUUGUAUGUAUUUUUAUGUAAUAAACAAACAUUCAGUUAAAAUAGGAGCCAGCUUGUUUGUGUGACAUGUCAUAUCCGUGCUUUAUAAUGGAUAUAAUAUUGGUAUAGGUCGUCAGCAGUGGCCGGGUUUCCCAGAUUCGUUAAAAAGCUCUUAACGAACCUGGGAAACCCGGCCAAUGUGAGUACAUGCUGGUUAGCUGGCUCCAGGUGUAAGUUGAUUAAUUUCUCAUCGCAGAGUGGAAGGGGCUUGGACCGUGAUCACAGGCUGAAACAGAAAAACCAAACUCAGAAUCAAGUAUUCCAGACACAGUCCAGUCCACUCACCAUCCUGGAUGUGGGUGAGCAGCAGUUGAUAACCUUGCAGCAGUAGGCAGCCAGGGUGACAGAGAUGGCCACAGAGACAGCCUGGAUCAGGAGAUUCUCAGCAGUAUAAUGUGCGUGUGUCGUCUGUCAAUUGAAUUAAAAAGUUGGGGAACUAUUUUAACCCCCCUCAACGACUCAAACACA